CGGUCAAGCGGUCAAGAAGAAGGCGUGUGUGAUUUGCGUGUAUUAUUGUCCUACGAAGGUUUCCACCGGUAUCAUGCAGGGCGUGUCCCGACAACGUCGCCGCUUGUUAUCCAAACAGGAAGGUGCGUGCACCCGUCAAGCCACAAGGUGCACACAGGUUUCAACAACACGAUCCAUAAGAAGAAGCCACAUUACUUUCGUGCCGAACUGAAAAGACUGUCGCCUUUUUGUAUACGAGAAGAAGCGUUCGAACUAAAGGAUAGUUGCUUUGAUGCAAUGACUUUCAAAAGAAUGAUGCGCACUGUUAUCAUACCUUCCUCUUUCUCUGUGAUUAUGUCGUCACUGAGGUCUGGUAGCAGUUGUAACAGCCACAUCAAGGUACAUGCUCUACGUAUGUGCUUAGUAUGGAUUAUAAUUCAUAUGUACAGUCCAAAGCUUUGCCAAGCGGUCUUUUUACAGCAACUGGGCAAAGCAAACCGCCACAACGGUUGGAUUAACUCUAUCGCCUCGUCUCAAUCACUAAUAAAACACAAAGUACGCGUAAAUUAGCAGACAACUAACCAAGACUCAAUAUGCUCACGACACUUUACGACGGCUCUACGACAUUACGUUUCGCAAUGAAUUGUACUUUCUCAAGUCAAGCAGCAACAACAGCAGCAUCAGAGAAGAUGACAAUGUCAAGUUUAAAAGAGAUUACGCGAUGGAAGUGCGUCAAACAACUUUCUGGGCAAAGCAGCUUUGAGUGCCGCGGCGAAGUUCUACUCUCCAUGCUGCAAAACCGAAUAACAACG